AAACGCAGUUCGCGAGCCCCGGAUACGUCGACAAUAGAUGACGGGACUCACGUUGUACGUUCACAUCAGGUCCCGGCCCGCCGGAACCUGGGAGAUCCACGAUGCCGAGUUUGCCACGCUGCGACAGCCCAUAGGCUUGCCCCCCGGGCAUUCGGGUGGACUACGAACACAAACUGAAGCCCUACGACUUGUCGCCCGUUUGCGCUCUCGCCGAGGCACAGGCUGCUCGUGGACCACCCUGCUCCGAAAACUAAGAGGUAGGUGGUAGCCCACUCAUCUGGUUACUGUUACUGGCCGGCAUCAGCGGACUGUCGGCAGGUCUUUGAGCAACUGGCGUGUGAAAUGGGACGGACGUCAAAGGACAAGCGGGAUGUCUACUACCGCCUGGCCAAGGAGAAUGGCUGGCGUGCUCGCAGCGCCUUCAAACUGCUACAACUGGAUAAGGAAUUCCAACUCUUCCAAGGCGUGACACGGGCAGUUGACCUGUGUGCAGCCCCGGGCAGCUGGAGCCAGGUGCUGAGCCAGAAGAUUGGGGGCCAAGGGUCCGGCCACGUGGUGGCUGUGGACCUGCAGGCUAUGGCUCCACUACCAGGUGUGGUACAGAUCCAGGGGGACAUCACCCAGCUGUCCACUGCCAAGGAGAUCAUCCAGCACUUUAAGGGCUGCCCUGCGGACCUAGUGGUGUGUGACGGGGCUCCUGAUGUAACCGGCCUCCAUGAUGUUGAUGAGUAUAUGCAGGCCCAGCUCCUCCUAGCCGCUCUGAACAUUGCUACACAUGUCCUGAAGCCAGGGGGCUGCUUUGUGGCCAAGAUAUUCCGAGGCCGGGAUGUGACACUCCUCUACAGCCAGCUGCAGGUCUUCUUCUCCAGCGUGCUGUGUGCCAAGCCCAGGAGCAGCCGGAACUCCAGCAUCGAGGCCUUCGCUGUCUGUCAGGGCUAUGACCCUCCCGAGGGCUUCAUCCCGGACCUGAGCAAACCCCUGCUGGACCAUUCUUACGACCCAGAUUUCAACCAGCUGGAUGGUCCCACCCGCAUCAUUGUGCCUUUUGUGACCUGUGGGGACCUGAGCUCCUAUGAUUCGGACCGCAGUUACCCACUGGACCUAGAGGGCGGCUCAGAGUACAAGUACACUCCACCCACACAGCCCCCCAUCUCACCACCAUACCAGGAGGCCUGCACGUUGAAGAAGAAGGGGCAGCUGGCCAAGGAGAUCCGCCCCCAGGACUGCCCCAUCAGCAGAGUGGACACGUUUUCCCAGCCCCUGGCCGCCCCUCAGUGCCACACCCUGCUGGCCCCUGAGGUCUGGAAAUGUGACUCUCAGCCUGCCUUGACCCCUUCCCCGUGUGCCUUUUUCUGACCCAAAUCUCAUGGUUUCUGGGGCCAAAAUUCCCUUUCCUGCCUCCCAAUAGCUAUAAAAAAUUGGUAAAGCCAAGCAUAAUGAAUGGAAAAGUUUUGCCAAAUAUGUGAGUCACUUUUCUUUUUCUUGGGUAGAUGGAAGACAAUGAAAUGAGUUGUUCACCUUAACCCAUUAUGGUAAGUUUGCCUUGUUAUCUAAGAGUUUGAGUAAGAGCAACCUUUAUGAAAAUCCUCAGUAAAAUUUCACCUUUGAAAUUUUUAUGUCAACUGAUAAGAUUUUAAUCAACAAACCCUUUUCUAAACAUCUGUUGUUGUAUGCCAGGAACUGCUUUGAGCAUUUUACAUUUGAGGUAUUCAGUAAACAUUUAUUGAGCACAUACUGUGUGCCAGGUGUUGUUCUAGGUUUGGAGAUAGAGCAGGGAGCAAAACAGAAAUAUCUUGGCUCUCACAGUACUUCCAGUUUGGAAAAGAGGCAACAAUCAAUAAAACAGUCUGUAAGUGCAAGAGUUUACAUACACACAUAUACUAUAUAGCUUGCAUUUCUCAAUUUACAUAUCUUGUAAUAUAUAUAAUAUGUAAGAGUAAUAUGGGAUAUGAAAAAUAGAAAAAAGUAAAGCAGGGUGAAGAGAAUCAGGAAUUCUAGGCAUGGCAGUUUUCAUCUUUUGGUGUUUUUGUUUUGAGACAAGGUCUCACUCUGUCGCCCAGGCUGGAGUUCAGUGGUGUGAUCUCCCGGGCUCAAAAAAUCCUCCCACCUCAGCCUCUCAAGUAGCUGGGACUACAGGCAUGCACCACCAUGCCUGGCAAAUUUUUAUAUUUUUAGGGGAGAUGGAGUUUCGCCAUGUUGCCCAGGCUGGUCUCAAUCUACUGGGCUCAAGCGAUCUGCCGUCCUCGGCCUCCCAAAGUACCGGGAUUACAGGCAUGAGCCACUGCGCCCAGCCAGUUUGCACUUUUUAAAAGGGUUGUCAUAGAAGGCCUCAGACAUUCCUCAGAGGUAAUGUUUGAGCAAAGACCUGAAGGCACUGCCGGAGGGAAGCCAUGUGUGUAUCUGAGGGAAGAGCAUUCUGGGUAAAGGAAAUAGCCAAGUCCCAAAGGUGGAACUGCACGUGGUAUGGGAGGAAAGUUUAUCCAUAGCCAAAUGUUCUAAAACUACAAUGUUAGAGGAUGGCCCUUUCUGACAAUGGCAUAGCAGGUUAUUCAGACUAAGUCAGCCAUCACAAAAAGCCACCUUUUUUUUUUUUUUUUUGAGACAGAGUCUUGCUCUGUUACCCGGGCUGGAGUGCAGUGGCGCAAUCUCAGCUCACUGCAACCUCCAUCUACCAGGUUCAAGUGAUUCUCCUGCCUCAGCCUCCUGAAUAGCUGGGAUUACAGCGCCCACCACCACGCAUGGCUAAUUUUUGUAUUUUUAGUAGAGAUGGGGUUUUGCCAUGUUGACCAGACUGGUCUCAAACUCGUGACCUCAGGUGAUCCACCCGCCUCGGCCUCCUAAAGUGUUGGGAUUACAGGUGUGAGCCACCACACCUGGCCUUUUUUGUUUUGUUUUGUUUUGUCUUGUCUUGAGAGCAGAGUCUCGCUCUGUCGCCCAGACUGGGUGGAGUGCAGUGGCACUAUCUCAGCUCACUGCAACCUCCGCCUCCCGGGUUCAAGAGAUUCUCCUGCCUCAGCCUCCCGAGUAGCUGGGAUUACAGACUCGUGCUCCCACCUCACCCGGCUAAUUUUUGUAUUUUUAGUAGAGACGGGGUUUCACCAUGUUGGCCAGGCUGGUCUCAAACUCCUGACCUCACAAAAUCUGCCUGCCUCAGGCCUCCCAAAGUGCUGGAAUUACAGGCAUGAGCCACCACAGCUGGCCACAAGAAGCCACCUUAAGAAAAAAUUGAAACAGCAAAUCAUUGUGUGAAAGAGAUUUACAAUUUCUAAUAUUUAAAGGGUCCUGUAAAUCAAUAAGGAAAAACAUGAGAGUGGCCAGCAAGCACAUGAAAAGCUGCUCAUCAGGAAAAUGCAACUGAAAACUCAAAAUAUCAACAACACUAAGUAUUUGAAAGGAUAUGCAGCAAUUGAAAGCCUCGUACAUGCUACUGGGAAGGUAAAAUGGUGCAGCCACUGUGGAAAACUUAGGCAUUACCUACUAAAGCUGCAUGUGUGCCAGUUCCACUCCUAAGAAAUGAGUCCUAGAGGCCGGGUGCAGUGGCUCAACGCCUGUAAUCCCAGCACUUUGGGAGGCCGAGGUGGGUGGAUAACCUGAGGUCAGGAGUUCAAGACCAGCCUGACCAACAUGGCAAAACCCCAUCUCUACUAAAAAUACAAAAAUUAGCUGGGCAUGGUGGCGGGCGCCUGUAAUCCCAGCUACUCAGGAGGCUGAGGCAGGAGAAUCACUUGAACCUGGGAGGUGGAGGUUGCAGUGAGCUGAGAUCGCGCCACUGUACUCCAGCCUGGGUGACAGAGUGAGACUCCAUCUCAAAAAAAAGGAAAUGAGUCCUAGAGUGUUGCUAGCAGCACUGUCUGUAGUAUAUGCCCAUUAAAUCAUGGUACAUUCACCAUGGAGAACUGUACAACAAUGACAGUGAACAUCCUGCAAUUACACCAAAUAACACCUUGUAGUUUAUUCAUGAAACUGAACAUAUAUAGGUUUUAUGCAUUUUCUAUAUGUCAUGGUUCACCAUAAAAGUAGGAGGAAAUGUCACAAAAAUGUUAGCAGCAGAGUUAGCACAGAGGUGUGGUGGCACAUGCCUGCCUGUAAUCCCAGCUACUUGGGAGGCUGAGGUGGGAGGAUCACUUGAGCUUGGGACGUUAAGGUUGUCGUGAGCUAUGAUGGAGCUCCACUGCACUCCAGCCUGGGUGACAGAGCAAGACCCUGUCUCUAAAAAAACAAAACAAAACAAAACAGAAAAACUUUCUUUGACUUUUGGUUAGCUGGCAAGCUGAUACAACUCAGAAACUGCUCAAUGUCAGGAAAACCAGAACUUGUUGAUGAACUUGUUUUCAAAAUAUCAUCUCAUCAAUGAGGCCUGGACAAACAAGCCCUGAGGAGGGAUCUGCAACAACCCUGAAGAUAACAAGGAAAGAAACCAUGGAAGUCAGUCUGUACUGCAGUGGGAAUUCUUGAGUGAGGUCUUACCUCUUCUUUAAACCUCUUCAGGAGUGUCCUGAUUAUAUCCAGAAUUUUCCCUAAAGGCAGGGAUUCUUAACCUGGAUAGAAGCCAGGGGUAACCAUGAACUUGAUAGAAGAAAAUGUUACAUCUUUAUUUUCAGCAAUAAAACUGAAAUUUAGCCUUACUCCCAAGUUAUAAAUGCUGGCAACAAAUCACAAUAGUAAAAGCAGUACCUGGGAUUUUCCCACCAAUACAAACCGUUACAGCAACUGUAAUGUAACAUAAAAAGGGCAUCUUGAAGUAUUGUUCAUAUUUGUCACCUCUUGGAAUGAUAGCAGAUCCUAUAAGUUGAUGUAUUAAUUAAAAAGCCCAUAUAUUACUGCA